GCUAAAAUCAUGGCUCAUGAUUUGGUAAUGUUCAGAGAUGUGGCUGUAGACUUUUCUCAGGAAGAAUGGGAAUGCUUGGAUUCAUAUCAGAGGAAUUUGUACAGAGAUGUGAUAUUAGAGAACUACAGCAACUUGGUAUCGUUGGCAGGAUGUUAUAUUUCUAAGCCAGAUGUGGUUACUUUAUUGGAGCAAGGUAAAGAUCCCUGGAUGAUUGUGAAGGAUAAGAAAAUAAGAUGGAAUCUAGAUUUGGAAUCCAAGUAUGACACUAACAAGUUAUUUCAAGAAAAAGACAUUUAUGAAAUGAAUUUAUCUCAGUGGGAAAUAAGGGAAAGAAUUAAAAAUCAUGGUCUUGAAGACUCCUUUGUUGAAAAAGAUUGUGAAUUUAAAAACAAGUCUGAGAAUCAGGCAUGUCCUCAAGAGAUAUUUUUCAGACAAGUGAAAACCAGCUGUAAAAAAAUACCUGCUUUCAGAAAAUGUACAUCAUUUACUCUAUAUCAGGGAAGAAAUAAUUCAGAAAAACCCUAUGAAUGUGAGGAAUGUGGGAAGGCAUUUAGAGUACGCCAGCAGCUUACUUUCCAUGAGAGAAUUCAUACUGGAGAGAAGCCCUAUGAAUGUAAAGAAUGUAGAAAAACCUUUAGGCAAUAUGCACACCUUAGUCGCCAUCAGAGAAUUCAUACUGCUGACAAACUAUAUGAAUGUAAAAAAUGUGAAAAGAUCUUUAAAUGUGGCCCAGACCUUCGAGUACAUCAGAGAAUUCAUAUUAGUGAGAAGCCCUAUGAAUGUAAAGAAUGUGGGAAAGCCUUCAGAGUGCGAGGACAACUCAGUCUCCAUCAAAGGAUUCAUACAGGUGAGAAACCCUAUGAUUGUAAGGAAUGUGGGAAGGCUUUUAGACAGUAUGCACACCUUACUCGACAUCAAAGACUCAGUAAUGCAAAGAAGUGCUAUGACUGUAAGGAAUGUGGGCAAACAUUCUUGUGUAGUACAGGGCUUAGACUACAUCACAAACUUCAUACUGGUGAAAAACCUUACGAAUGUCAGGAAUGUGGGAAGGCAUUUAGGGUGCGGCAACAACUUACACUUCAUCAGAGAAUUCAUACUGGUGAAAAACCCUAUCACUGUAAGGACUGUGGGAAGACCUUUAGCCGUGGCUAUCAUCUAACUCUUCACCAGAGAAUUCAUACUGGUGAAAAACCUUAUGAAUGUAAAGAAUGUCAGAAGUUCUUUCGCCGUUAUUCAGAACUUAUUUCACAUCAAGGUAUUCAUAUUGGAGAGAAACCCUAUGAAUGUAAGGAAUGUGGAAAGGCUUUUCGACUAUUCUCACAGCUUAAUCAACAUCAGAGUAUUCAUUUUGGUGAGAAACCUUAUAAAUGUAAAGAAUGCGAGAAGACUUUUAGACUGCUCUCACAGCUUACUCAACAUCAGAGUAUUCAUACUGGUGAGAAACCCUAUGAUUGUAGCAAAUGUGAAAAGGCCUUUAGGCUUCACUCAUCUCUUAUUCAACAUCAGAGGAUUCAUUCUGGUGAGAAACCAUACAAAUGUAAAGAAUGUAAGAAGGCAUUUAGACAACAUUCACAUCUUACUUAUCAUCACAGAAUUCAUAAUACUACAUGUCCCGGAAGCCACCGCGGUCCGGCGCCAUUUCGUAAACUUACGGCGUUACAUCUUGGUUACAUCUACUACCCGCAGGUGAGCAGACGAGUUUACAGGGUUUCUGCACGCACGCGGCACCUGACUUGGAACCCCCAGAAAGAAGCCCGGUAUGGAGUGCUGGGAAUACUAGUGUGCCAGGCACCGCUCGGUGCUGCUAGGAGCUGGUCGACCGGCGCUGUGGACUACAUUAUUUCCCCCAGAGGCCGCAGCACUCCAGGCUACUUUUCUUAA